AUGCGUCUACUAACAUCUAUAUUACUAAUAUUUUCUAUAUUUUCCUUGUCAUUAGGAGCUAUUUCAACUAACAAAUUGAUUAUUGGUGGGUAAAUGUGUUCUAGACGAUUUAAAAAAAGAAAAUCAAUAUUUUCAGACACCGAUGGGGCUUUCGAUGACAUCCGAGCCCUCACAAUCGCUCUUUCCCAAAAUCAACAACAAAUCGAUAUUCUCGCAAUAACCACAACUCACGGAAGUGUUUCAGCAGAGCAAGCAGCUCGAAAUGUGCACCGCAUUCUAAUCGCCACCCAACAAACCCAAAUCCCCGUUUACAUUGGAGCGAAUGACUCAAUCAUUCCAAAAGGACCCGUUGAAGUUUGGGAAGAAUUAUAUGGAAAUGAUGGACUUGGAGGGGUCCCAAAUGUCUGGCCCGAAGCCCAAUUGAAUAUAUCGAAUUUCACCGGGAAAAUUGGAGGGGUUGAUGCGAUUAUCGCGAUUCUAAAGAGCCACCCGAAGGAAGUUACGCUAAUUUGCAUUGGACCUUUGACUAAUUUAGCGUUGGCAAUUCAAAAAGAUCCAUCGGUUGUGGAGAAUUUGGGCAAAGUUAUCAUAAUGGGUGGUAAUUACCUGGGUAGGUAAUUGACGUUUUUUAACGUUAAAAACCCCAAAAAAGUCGUUCACAAACCGUAUUUUUUAUUCAUUUUUUCACCAUUUUCUCAACACGCUGAAUAAAGUGAAGCUAAAAGUGUUCAGAAAUGCUAUUUAAAGACCUUCCAAGGCAAAUCAAGCCUUCAAAAUGAAAUUGGUGAUUUUCGGAAAUCAAGAAUUUGAUUUUGAAGGCUCGAUUUGCUUGAAAUAGCAUUUCUGGACACUAAAAUGCGUUUUAGCUUCACUUUAUUCAGUGUGUUGGGAAAAUGGUGAAAAAAUGAAUAAAAAUACCGCUCGUGAAUCACUUUUUUGGUUUUUUAACGUUAAAAUUCAGGGAUUGGAAACACUUUGACAAAUUCCACUGCCGAGUUCAAUUUCCUAAUGGAUCCUGAAGCUGCAGCAAUCGUCCUUCAAAACAUCCACGCAACAAUCAUCCCAUGGGACACAAGUUUUCUAAAGGGCCCCGAAUACUCAAAGAAAGUCGAUUACCAGGAAUCACUCCGUUUAGAUUCACCGCUCUCCAAUUUCUUGUCCGAAAUCACCAAGAAAGCACGAAAAUUCAACACGGAACACGGGCAAACCUAUUCGUUUAUUGAUGAUAUUGCAGUUGCGAUUGGAAUUGAGCCGAAAAUCGCGGAGAAGGUGCAAAAGUUAUAUGCGAAUGUUGAAUUGACGAAUGGAACUGUUACGAGAGGACAAGUUGUUAUUGAUUGGUUGAGUGCGGCUUAUAAUGAGAAGAGUGGACAAUUUGAAGCGGAAGAGGAGAGAAAUGUAUAUAAGGGGAUGCAUUUUUGGUCCUGGUGCUAUUAUCGAAAAUCUCACCACGCGCUCCACCGAAAUAAACACGCAACGCAAACCGCGUCGCGCCACAAUACACAAAUAAGGGAACGAUUCAAAUUCCCUCCCUUUUUUGUGUGUGUUGUGGCGCGGCGCGGUCUGCGUUGCGUGUUUAUUUCGGUGGAGCGCGUGGUACCGAUGAGAUUUUCGAUAAUACUGCUUGAAAACUAGCAUUUCUAGACGCGGCUCCUUGUCACAUUUGAUCUCUAGCUGUGGCUACUAGACAACUAGGUUCUCUAGGCGCGAUCACUUGAGAACCAGGCUCUCUAGGCGUUGAUCCUUGCCACUUUUGUUCUCUAGCUGUGAUUCCUAGACAACUAGAUUCUCUAGGCGCGAUCACUUGAGAACCAUGCUCCCCAGGCGCUAAUCCUUGUCAACUUGAAUUUUCUUGCGAAAAAACCGCAAUCUUUUUCCAGGACCAUGAUUGGCUGGCUCAAGAAUUCGUCGUCGAAUACGAUGUGCAAGAAAUCAAUCGAUUAUUGAUGCAAGCAGUUAGCCCAACUCCAAUCGCUCAAAGUUUGGUGCAAAAUUCGGCAAAAAGUUGAUUCCCCUUUGCCUUUUUAAUAUCAAUUUCUCGAUUUUUCCAGCUUCAUUCAAAUUUUUCGCUGUAUUUUUGAUGAUUUUCCCAUGCCUUUUUUAA